AUGAGAACCAGCUAUGGCACAGAAUCGCCUGAUAUUGAUAUCUUCAUGGACAGCUCGUCCGACGGAUUCGAGCUCGACUUCGAGCUUGAGCCCGAGAAUAGCUUCCAGUUUCCAAGCUCGAAUCCAGUGGACGUUGAUUUAGAAGUUUUGAACUAUCCCUCAGAUUACGUGGAAGAACUUUUAGUGGUAGAUGACGACGAUGACGCUGAUUACACAGAGCUGAAAAUCCAAGGAGAAGAACAUGAAGAAGAUCUCUCUGAUGACUGCUCAGAUAUUGAAUCAUCACCGGUCAUAGCCCGCAUAGAAGAUAUGGUGCUUUCUUUCUUGAACCAGCUCGCUUUUCCUGGGAAACGAAAGGACGACGAUGAGCUCUCCGAUAGAUCUGACCCAACAGAAAAGACGCUUUCUAGGUCAGAUUACAAGAUCACCAUUCCGCUUGUGGAUCGCACAAAAAGCCAAGUUGAUGGCAUUCCUGUCAUGAAGCGAAUUCAAUUCCCCAAGAGAAAUAAGCAGGGCAGCUCCCAAGCACUGGCGCAGUUGUUCAGGGUCUUAGAUCUUGCCCAUGAAGCUACAUUGAAGGGUGUGCCAGUGACCAAACGGGACAUAUAUUAUCAGGAUGUUUCUUUGUUCAAAAAGCAAAAGACAGUUGAUACGCUCGUGGAUGAUUUAGCAGCGACUUUCGAAUUGGCAAGAUCAGAUUUAAAUAUUCGCUCUUCUUCCAAAGGACUUGUUUGCGGCUCAGGUUUGAGAAUAACUUUGAUAACUGGAGAAGUCAUCGUUUGUCAUGAUUCUGAAGGGUCUUUGAUUCCUCAUGGAGAAGAUAUUGAGACAUUUGGACUUGAUGAAGACGUUACUUGGAUUCUGGUGGUCGAAAAAGAGGCUAUUUUCCAGACCCUUUGUCGUCUUCAAUUACCCAGUCAUGAAUCAAUGCCUGGAAAAGGGAUCAUUAUAACGGGAAAAGGCUACCCUGAUGUCGCGACAAGACAUCUCGUAAAAUCUCUGGCAGAUGCUCUUUCAAAAAGAAUCCCCAUCCUGGCAUUGAUGGACGCAGAUCCUUUUGGUUUGGACAUUUUGUCGGUUUAUAAGUUUGGGAGUCGAACCAUGCAGCACGAAAAUGGGAAGCUAGCCGCGAAACGCACAAGAUGGUUGGGCAUAUGGGCAAGUGAAUUGCAGAGCCUUAAUAUCGACAAAGAGCACCUUCUCCCCAUCACAAGACACGAUGAAAAAAAGGGAAUAUGA